CAGACGCGUCUGGCUCUGCCUCUCUGUGCCGAGCGCUGGCGAUCGGAGUCACCCGGCCUUGUUCUGAGGCUGGGCACCAAGCUCCUGUCGCUGGCUACACUGAGAGUGCUCCCAAAUUCAAACCCAGAUCCUUCUGCCAGGCAGAAGCACGGGUUCAAACAUGGAGUUUACUGGAAAAGGAAAAACCUCUGAAGGAAAAGGCCUGUCUGGCUACCCGCUUGCCAAGAUGUUUUCCCUGGCCAGUCCCUCUAUGCUCCUUCCCUCCAAGCCAUUGCCUCCCAUCCAGAAGAGCUCUCCUUCUACCAAGCCAAGCCUGAUAUGCAGCAGAGAGCAGGAGAAUGGGAAAGAUGGCAUUGGCUAUGCUGAGGGCAGGAGAAAAGAAGAGGAGCUGAGUUCAGAGGGACAAGGACAUAAGGCUUCCUUGCUGUGUUCCAGUGGAGGGGAUAUGAAGAAGGGGUCAUUGGGACCACCUCUGAUCCCCCCCAUAGGCAAGGCAGUAAGUCCCUCUCUUGGCAGUGCUGCGGGCUCUCUGCAAAGCUCUCUGCAGCUGGAAUUCCAGGAGUCCCAGGGGAUGAGGUCAGGAUGCAGCAGCAGAAGCAAGGAGAACUCUGAACAUGCAGGCGUGACUAGGUUCAUUUUCUCCAAGUCUUUCCGGCCAUGUCCCUCUUCGCUCCUUCCCUCAAAGCCAUUGCCUCCCAUCAGGAUCAGCUCUCCUUCUUCUAACAAUAAUAAAAUGUACAGCAUGGAGAAAGAGAACAAGGACAUUGGCACUGGCUAUGAUAAUGACAGUAGAAAACACCAGGAGCAGAGUUCAGAAGAAAAAUGUUAUAAGGCUUCCUUGCUGUAUUCCAGUGGAGGGGAUAUGAAGAAGGGGUCAUUGGGACCACCUCUGAUCCCCCCCAUAGGCAAGGCAGUAAGUCCCUCUCUUGGCAGUGCUGUGGGCUCUCUGCCAAGCUCUCCGCAGCUGGAAUUCCAGGAGUCCCAGGAGAUGAGGUAA